GGCGACUAGAGGACCUGGUGACUGCACGUGCAAGCUUGUCAGUGGACGGGAUUGCACGUGAUUCAUCCUCUGGCUGUUCUUGGCGAUUAAUGGAUCAACUGGGUCGGUCCAUCAAAUCACUCGGUGCCCACGGUUCAAUUCCUGCUGUGCUCGGAGAGUGCGUGUUCAAGGUGAAACAACCCACGAUAUCUCUGCUCGGGUCUGCCAGAAACAGUCAUCUCCCGGGCAGCUGCCUGUCAUUGACCGAGCAGCAUCGGUGAAGACCUCGGCAGUCCACAAAAGGACAAUCCCCGCCGCCACACGUUGGGGGGACGGCCCAGAAUGUAUCCUUGGAAGAGUUCGGGAUGACAUAUUCGGUGCGGUCUGGGUGGAUGAGCAAUCUGUUGGAUUGGGAGGAGUCAUGCGGGCCCUAGUAUAUAAGCGGUUCUAGGCGCGCUCAGGUUCCUCCAGUCAAGCUCCACAUCUGAACCAUGUUGAUCUCUCUGCUAUCUUUCCUCUCGUUGGUGAUAUACAGUCUCGCCGCCCGCUAUCCGGCUUUCGGAACCCUCCAGACGUCCACUUCAGCGGGAGUCAUGAACGUCGUCAUCAAUAACACUUUCUCCCCUAUCAACAUCUUCGACAUGCACGUUCAGGCCGACCUAGCCAAUCUCAUCGAGGAGCUGCAAAGCCCUGACACGGAUGUCAGAGCGGUCGUGUUUUCCAGUGCGAACAAGGAGUUUUUCAUCGCCCAUAUCGAUAUCAACUACUUCCUUCCCGGGUACCAAUCUGUUCUUCCUUUCAACGAUCCCGGGCUGCAAGACAUGACCUUCCCAGUGGCACUUCUCUGGAAUGUCACCCAGCUUCCGCAGGCAACGAUUGCGAUGGUCGAAGGGCGCACUCGGGGUAUCGGCAACGAAUUCAUCAUGUCCUGCGACAUGCGCUUCGCAGUCUCUUCGCCCUCAGUGCUCCUUUCCCAACUCGAAACAUCAUUCGGAUUGAUGCCUGGUGCCGGCGGUGGACUGUACCUCGCGCAGACGAUCGGCCGCGGCCGCGCCUUUGAGUACGUGCUCUCCUCCGCCGACAUCGACGCGGACACCGCCGCGCAGAUCGGGUGGAUCAAUAAGGCCUUCCCUACGAGCCAAGCGUUGCACACUUACGUGCAGAAUCUAGCGCAGCGCAUCGCGCUGUUCCCGAGAGCUGCGAUCGUCGGCGCGAAAGUCGGGAUCAACCGCGUCAGUCGCCCACCGAGGGAGGUCAUCGUCAAGGACGCACAGAACGUAAUCGGGGCACUUGCGAGUACUACUGAGGCACAGGCGCGGGGCAGAAGUUCAUCACUGCUACGAACAAUCAGAGCUUUGGGGAGAUCGAGUUGGAUUAUGGACUGGGCAAAGAUUUGAUUCAGUUCUUCUGACCAGUCUACAGUAUUGCUAGUUCAGACCUUUCCAGAACUGCACAUGCCGUCUGAGUUUCGCUGUAUGAUUCCCGGGCGUUUCUGCUUGUCUCACUCUCGGAUUUGUUCCUGUGGUAAAAUUGUUCACUACAAUAGUUUUUUGGUCGCACAUCGUGAAUAUUGCAUGGCACCGAUCGAACAGAAACAAAGAUGAA